GCUUGUUAGGGAGACAAGUAAUCAGCAUUUACAUUUAAAAGCAGGUAGAUGGCUGAGGAGAUCAGAUCCCAGGCUGAUGACUUGUACAGAGCUUGCAAAUCUCCAUCGUGUCGUCAUCUACAUCAUGAAGUUGUUGGCUGUGGUCCUCCUCCUCUUCUCCAUAAUGGAGAAAUGCUCACUGGCACAUGGUGAUGAACAAGUUCAUUUGUUCCGGAGAUCUAUUGAGUGUCCCACUGACUGGACUGCAAUCAACGAUCGCUGUUUCCGCUUUAUUGCCGAUGUCAAGACCUGGGCUGGAGCUGAGAAACACUGUCUGACCUUGGAUGCAAACCUUGCAUCAGUUCACAACCAGGAGGAUAACGAUCAGCUUCAGACUCUGAUAUUUACGGCAACUCGUAAGUCCAAAGAAGCAUGGAUUGGAGGCUCUGAUGCACAUGAGUCAAACGUUUGGUUGUGGAGCGAUGGAACCCCUAUGACCUACACAAACUGGUGUCCAGGACAGCCUAAUAAUGCACUUAAUGUUCAGCACUGCAUUCAGAUGAACUAUUCAAAAAAAAAGUGCUGGGAUGAUGUGAAGUGUACUACUCUGCUGCCUUCUAUCUGCAUCAAGAAAAACACUCCACCUGCUGAGGCUUAAAGCCUGCAUGUACAUUUCCUGAUGAAAGCCAGUGGAGGAUGACUGCUGUUUCUUUUUUCCAACAAAAUAAAUUGAAUAAAAAUUGUGAAAUGAGAAACUC